ACAGGAACUGGGAGUGUUUCCUAUAGCUGCACUCAGUAAAGACAGUUUGGAGAGAAAUGUGCAUACUGCUUUGGAUUAUUACAAUGAAGUGUGUGUUCCUGCAUGAAGUCUUUCUUGUCUCUCUGUUGUCUUCAGCAGCAGUUAUACAUGCAGUGUCAGUGAGGUCCAUUAGGUCUGUGUCUGAACCUGUGCACUGCAAGUGGGGACCCUGGUCCCCUGAAAGCUGGUCCGCCUGUGAUGACUGCUCCAAAACACAGACACAGAGCCGCUCCAUUGCAGUCUACCCUCAGUUUGGUGGUCAGCCUUGCACUGGGAGCUCAACCCGCAAACAAUCAUGUAUUUCAGCUCAGGUCUGUCCUCUAGAGGAGGGUUGUGGAGAACGUUUUCACUGUCAGUCAGGGAAAUGUAUUAGUCAGUCGCUGGUGUGCAAUGGAGAUCAUGACUGUGAAGAUGGCUCAGAUGAGUGGAAAUGUGACAGUAAAGAGCUCUGUGACCUGCAAAAAACUCCACCGAAUGUAGAGCUCACUGGUCAAGGGUUUGAUGCAUUGAGGAAAGAAGCAAGAGGAACUGUUAUCAACACCAAAAGCUUUGGAGGUCUGUGUAGAAAGACCUUCAGUGGAGACCACAUGGGCCUAUACAGACUUCCCCAAAGUGUCCUCAGAUACACUUUCCAGGUCACAGCAAAAAAUGAUUUUACAGAUGAAUCCUAUGACAGCUCUUGGCAUUACCUUAAUCACUAUGAAAAACAUUCAAGAACAACAGGCACAACUUAUGGGCAUGACGAUUAUGUCUUCCAUAAUGAACUGUUUCAGUCUCAGUCCAAAAAUCUGCUGAUCAUGAAGAGUGAUGUGGAUGUGGCCCAGUUCCAAAACCAGGCCCCAGAAUAUCUGCCACUUUCAGAAGAGUUCUGGAAAGCACUGCGGUCCUUACCUGUCACAUAUGAUUAUGCUGCCUAUUGCAAUGUGCUGGAGAGAUUUGGGACCCACUAUAUUUCAGAGGGCACUCUUGGGGGCCAGUUUAGAUUAUUUAUGAUGGCCAGCCAAGAUGUUAUAAAAAAAUUGCAAACUGUGCAAAGAGACUAUCAACAUUGUGUCAAAACGUCCCAUUCUAUCCUGUUUAUCAUCAGGUGGACCACAGUAGAUUGUGAUGAUCAAACAAUUAGGGAUGCUCAGUCAUCUUAUGAAAGCAUUCCAAAAAAUGAUAUGACCACGAAUAUAUUUGGUGGAGCUUCUGGAUAUAUAGCAAAAUUGUCAGUGUUAAACAAAAACACACCAGUGGAGAAUGGCAGGGCGUUCUCACAGUGGUCGGGUUCAGUGAAGGACUUUCCAAAAGUCAUCAAACCAAAGCUCAGACCUCUUCAUGAGCUGGUGAAAGAGGUCUCGUGUGCGGGGGUGAAAAAGCAUCACUUAAAGCGCGCAAUUGAGACUUACCUCAGCGAGAAACACUCAUGUCACUGCAGAGAAUGCCAGAACAAUGGGCUGCGCAUGCUUGACAAUGACGUCUGUAAGUGUGUGUGUAAACCAGGCACCACAGGUCAGGCGUGCCAAUAUGGGACGCCGCAAGAUGAACAGCCAGGAGUGAUUCAUGGAGACUGGGCCUGUUGGUCUUCAUGGAGCACCUGCAAGGAAGGUCAGAAAAGCCGAAGCCGCUCCUGCAGUCGCCCCGCUCCUUCAGGCGGCAGGGACUGUAUUGGGAACGCUGUGGAGACGGCAGUCUGCGAUGAUGCGCAGGAAUUAGAUUACCUACGUUCAAUGGAGCCUCACUGCUUUGAAAAUUCUUUAACACCCAGGAAAAGCUGUAAAAUCCCCCCCUUCCUCGCUAAUGGGUUUGUUUUGUACCCCAAAGAUGCAUAUCCAGUAGGCAGUAAGAUUGAGUAUGCAUGUAUUGAGGGCUUUCACCUGAUUGGGGAUCCUAUAGCAGAAUGUCAAGAAAAUCUAGACUGGGUGCGACAUCAAAUAGAGUGCAAGAAAACAUUAUGUGAUCUACCUCAGCUUCCUCCAGAUGUCACUGGAAGCCCGUGGAAGCUCACCUAUAACAUCGGUGACGCCAUCUCACUUUCCUGCCCUGAAGGGAAAGUCAGAGAAGGUCCGGCUGAGAUUCAGUGCAACGCUGGCCUUGCCUGGUCACCACAACCAAAAGAAAUCAGUUGUCUGACAGUUUUUAAGUCAGCCACUGUGCAGCCAAUGCAGUGCCAGCCAUGGGAGAACCUGUCAAAGGAUAAAUGUGUCUGUAAAGUACCCCACGAGUGCAAGUCUUCCCUGGAGAUAUGUGCCACUGAUGUGAAGCGUGGUCGGGCACGGACAAUAAGCCUGUGUAAAGUACAGGCUAUGCGCUGUCUGGGACAUCAGUACACUCUUGCUGAAGACAGUGCCUGCCAGUGGCCACAUCGCUCAUCCACUGCUUGUCCGAACUGCACGCUCUGGGAGACGUGUGAUGAGCAAACGAACAGCUGCCGUUGCAAGACAAGUGAGGAAUGCUCAUCCCUGGAUGCUUGGAUCCAUGUGUGUGUGCAGCAGGAAGGAGCGUCUGCACCAGUGACAAUGACAGAAUGUGAGGCGGCUGUGAGGAAAUGCAGAGGAGAGGCUCUCCACAUUGUCAGCAUUCAACCCUGUCAGUCAUAAUCUCAGAGCCUCACUAACAAAUUAAAGUGUAACAAUUUACGUUGAACCCUGAAAAGGAUUCCUGCAACAGUUUUCUCAGGUUUGCAGAGGAUUCAGUCAAAACACCAUGAAUGUGCUUUUUUAAAAAAUGGUAAAACAGUAAGUUUGGGCAGGACCAGGAAUAGAGUGCUGCAGUGUGUUUUUGUAGGCCAACCCAGAAGAUAGCAUCACCCUGGUUCCCUCAACCCAUUAAGAUUUUUCCAAUGGCUUUUGAAUUUUUGCAAAAAAUAAUCUCUGUGACUAACAAAAGUUUAUUAUUCUUACGUUUUGGUCAUCAUGAUAGUCUUCACAAACUUUAUGAAUUUUAAAGCCUAAAUAUAAUCAGCAGAUAUACAAAGCUAAAUAUAGGCUAUACAUAAACUACACCACAGUCGCUUGACUUCGAUGUCACAAGGCUUCCAACAGCUCUUUCAGUCUUUAUUUAAACAUUUAAAUACAUUUUCUCUGAAAGUUUGAGUUACAAUUGUUUGCAGGAGUGCAAAUAUAAACAAGUCUGUGAAAGUGCACUAGUGAGUAGAUGAGAUUUAAUGUCCUGGCAACCUCUGUAACCCUUUUCUAAGAUAAAUAAAAGCUUUAAAAAAAAUCACGAGGGCAUAUUUACUGAUAUAUUUUAUGUCGUAGAAUAAAAUGUGAAAAUAUCUUCAGCUUGUGUUUAACACAGAGUUUAUUUCAAGCAUUUAACCAAAAACCCAUUUAAAAAAAAAACGGUUUUAUUUUCAGGUUUUGGCCUACUAAAAUACAUCAUCCCCCAGCACACUAUCAAAAGGCUGUGAAGUGCAGGAUGUCAUCAACAUUUUUGGUUUGUUUUCCUGGAAGAUGAAGACAAGUGUAUCUGCUAAAAGUGCAUUUUGUCAACAUUUAGGAGCUAGCAUAUAUAGAUGAUGUGUGUUAGCUCUAAGCCUAAAAGCCACAAAACUCUCAUUUUGAGUUCAUGGAAUUUUUAAAGACUGUGGUAAUGUAUUUUAAACAGUUACAGACAAAAUCAAGUAAAACUAUGUGCCUUCCCCUUCCUUGACUUUUUGGUUAGCCUAACAACCAGCAAAAAAAAAUUAAUAUAAAAGCACAAGUUAAACCAAAAUUGUUGUGUAUUCCUGUCAACCUGUUCUGGGGCCUCAUUUAUAAAAUGUUGCUUAUAAACCGUCCUAAAUUUGUUCUAAGAUCAUUUCUCAAAAAUGCGUAAGUGCGAUUCAAAGAAAAUGAACGUGCGUACGCCUCUCUUCCAGAUGUGACAUUUAUAAAUCGCAAAUGAUCUUGAAAUUGUGUGCAGCUGACUGUCAGAUCUCGCCUUGUAAACGCCCCCUAAUUAAUAUCAUUACCAUAUAAAAGAGCACACGCCAAUAUCCGAAUGUCUAUGCUUGAAGCACAAGCAUAGAGCACAAGCACGAGCACAAAGAAAAAAAAAACACUUUACUGAGUCUGAAAUUGAGGUCUUGCUGGCUGAGGUAGAGGUUCG